AUGAAAAGGUCGAAAGCAAUAACUUUAAGAAUUAAAAAUACACAAGGUCAAACUAUAGUUGGAGUACUUGAAAGAAAAUUUGAUGAAAUUAAUCGAAACAAACUUGGAAUUAUUUGUCAUGGAAUUUUAGUAAAGUUAGCCAAAGUGCUACCAUUUGAUACAUUUCGAUUAGAUUUUCGUGGAAAUGGAGAAAGUGAUGGAGUACCCAAAUUUUCAAAUAUUGAAGAAGACGCAGAAGAUAUAAUUACAGUUUACAAAUACUUGGAAAAAGUAUAUGGUUAUUCAUUAUAUACAUUAAUAGGACAUUCAAGGGGAGCACUAGCAGCGUUAUAUUAUGCAUCAACCAUAAAUUUAAAUAUUCCAUAUUUGGUGCUAAUAUCAGGACGUUUUAGGAUGCAAAGUUUAAUCCAACGAUUUAAUAAUGAACAGUUGAGAGAUUUGGAGAAAAAAGGAUGGACUAACUGGACUUCAAUAAAAAAUGGUAAAGGUUUUGCAAUGAAAAUUACCAAAAAAGAAUUUGAUCAUUGGAUGAAUUGGGAUACUACUACUCUUGGCAAAAUUCCUAACUCAACAUCUGUACUAGUGAUUCAUGGAACAGCCGAUGAAGUAGUACCAGUUGAAGAUUCAGCAAUCUACAAUAAUAUAAUUCACAAUAGUACACUAAGGCUGAUAUCAGGGGCUACACAUAAUUUUACAAGGCAUAAAAAAGAAAUAGUUAAUAUUAUCAAUAAAUAUUUUUCACAAGAAUAUCAAUCUUUCAACUUUUUGUAUAAAAAUCAAUGGAUCAGUCAUAUACCUAGAUACAUUCAAAUUGAUGGUGUUAGCAAUUUUAGAGAUUUAGAAAGAUAUGUUUUUAGAUGUGGAGAAGAAAUAGAAGGUAUAACACGUACACAUGUCCCAGUAUUUAAAGAAAUAGAUUUUUCACCUCAAGAAGUAUAUGAACGAUCAAAAUUAUAUGUGAAUGGAUAUGUUGGUUAUGCAAAAGCAUAUUUAGCAAUUCUGGAAGAAGGCAAAGAAGCAUAUCGUCAAAUAUUUUUAAAUGUGUUGAAUAAACCAGAUAUUCCAUUUGCAGUACAUUGUAAAGCAGGUAAAGAUCGUACAGGAGUAUUUGCAAUGUUAAUAUUGAAAUUAUGUGGCAUAAAUGAUGAAAUUGUUGCUAGGGAAUAUGAAAUAACUGAUUUCAAUACCAGAGGCAUUUAUACCCAAAAAUUCAAAUACUAUGACAAAUAUACUGACAGUUACUACAAUGAAGAAGAAAUUAGAUCAAUGUUAUCUGCAAGGUAA